UUAAUAAAAUUAUUAUCCGAACACGUGACGAUAAAAUGAUAAAAAGGAAGUUAACUAUUAUAUAUAUAUAUAUAUAUAUAUAUAUUUAUAUAUGUGCAUUGAGAAAGCGUUAUUAAACUCAACUUCAUUGGACGCGUGUCAGCUAAAUUAAUUUUUUUUUUUUCGUCGCGGAUAGUAAUUCUUAGAGAAAAAAAAAAUUUUUUUUUCAAUACAUUGAUUUUUAUUACUUUUGAACUUCAAUGUAUAUCUUCAUAACUAUCGCACUAAUUUUGAAUAUGAAAAUAGUGUCUGUGACACCGAGAAUAGUUUCAAUACAAGAAGGGGAUCCAGAUGUUUGGGAACUGGGAUCACUAGCGUAUUUCAAUAGCCUGUACUCAAUUACUAUCAAUGAAGAAUAUUUAAAUAGUCAAAAAUUGUGUUCUGGAAAAUGUGAUCUUAUUGGCAGGACUAAAAGAAAUCAAUCAUCGGAUUCAAAUUAUCCUAAUGAAUGUCAUGGAACACUUAAAUAUUGCUGGUUGCAUGAGGCCAGUCAAAAACGACAAGCAGCAGAUUUUUUAUUAUCAUUUUAUAGGACGUUCAUAAAUGAAAAUGGAAUCAGUACACGAAUGCAAAAAAGAAUAAAUAAAGCUGACUAUGCAUUAAGUCAUGCUGGUAAUAUUUGUAAAUGUUUAUGCGAACGUACUUAUAACCCGAAUUUUGCGACCCCUCGUGGUGAAUUACUGGAUUCUAUAUGUUUCGAUUCAGUUUCAGUUGACGACGGAUAUGUCGCUACGGGGGUUCGAUUUAAAAGAUAUGAUAACAGAAUACAUCUUGAACUUCUGCAAGGAAUAUUAACUAAUGGAACAAUUAAUCCGAGUACCCUCCAAUGGAAAACAACUAAAAAGUGUAAAGACCAAAAAAAAGUUAUUUAUGACUUUAAAAAUGGCCAUUACAAUGGUUUAAAAUUCAUACUAGAAGAUAUUAUUCUGCCCAACAAUGCAGUUGUUACAGGCGUAGCGUUACGAAAAGCAGUAAUUGGACGACAUAUCACUAAAAGCGGCAAUAUUGAUUACCAUUACAUGAAAAUUAUCCAGCGAACUAACUGUCACGAAAGAACGAGUGAUUUGGUUCACGUCUCUCCGGUUCUUGUGUCAACUACAUCUUUAGUAGGAAAAAAUGUAGAACUCAGUAAAUCAUGCAAACAUCACAUAAAAUUUGGUGGAACAUCGGAAAAGUAUGAUAAUAUACAACAUAUUGUUCCUUUUGUUGAUUUGCAAGAAAUUGUAACAGACCCCCCCGAACCUAUCAAUGGAAUUGGCUGGUAUUAUCGGGGCAUGCCUGGUUACGGAGGUUUUCUAGCUCUAAAAAUUUUCAAAAAUAGCUUCUAGUACAGUCAUGGCUAUAUUUCGUUAAAAAAAUUUUUGUUUUUUCAAAAUUUGGAUUUUUUUCGUACCAUUAGAAAUUAAAUUUUAUCUGUAAAAAAUGUAAUUCUAAAAUUGUUAAAAUAAAAAAAGUA